UUUCUGUGGAAAAGAUCGACGAUGGGUGAGGGGCGUCAGGUCGCUGGCCUUAGUUUACUGUGGCCCUGAGAGUGCACGUGCCGACGGCCGUAUUUCUUGGGAGCAAAUCGAAAUGGUUCUGGCUUGUUUCCGAGCAGGCUGAAGCCCUUUCACCAUCUUUCUUAUGGGGACCGUGCUGUCGCAAUUGCCCUAUUGUCAUCCGGUGAUGUUCCCCUGGCCAUUUUGGUCUCGGGCGGUCCGGAUAAGGGAGGCGAAGUGUGCAGCUUGGAGGCGUGCCAACCACGCGGAAGUGACGCGAACGCCGCCAUGUCUUUUGAGGGCGGCGACGGCGCCGGGCCGGCCAUGCUGGCUACGGGCACGGCGUGGAUGGCGUCGGGGCGCCCCGAGGAGCUGUGGGAGGCGGUGGUGGGGGCCGCUGAGCGCUUCCGGGCCCGGACAGGCACGGAGCUGGUGCUGCUGACCGCCGCGCCGCCCCCGCCACCCCGCCCGGGCCCCUGUGCCUAUGCAGCCCACGGCCGUGGGGCCCUGGCCGAGGCCGCCCGCCGCUGCCUCCACGACAUCGCCCUGGCCCACAGGGCUGCUGCCGCUGCCCGGCCCCCCGUGCCCCCACCAGCACCACAGCCACCCAGCCCUGCGCGGAGCCCACCUCGGCCCACCCUGGCCAGGGAGGAGGACGAGGAAGAUGAGGACGAGCCGACAGAGACUGGGGUGUGGGAGGGGAGAGGGGGUGGGGCCGCAGCGGGCGCUGACCCCGCCCCGGUCCCGCAGCCCUCUUCGCCGGACCUGGACCGCAUCGCGGCGAGCAUGCGCGCGCUAGUGCUGCGGGAGGCCGAGGACACCCAGGUCUUCGGGGACCUGCCGCGGCCGCGGCUCAACACCAGCGACUUCCAGAAGCUGAAGCGGAAAUACUGAGGCCCAGGGAGAGCGCUUCCCGGCCCAGCGUCCGCCCCGCCCCACACUACACCCCUGCCCCGCCCCCGGGGCCGGCCAAUCCGAGUCAGACCCGGGACCGGCCUCCUCAGGUCCCCGGGGCCCCAGGAUUGCCCCCUCCCUGCCAAUCCCCGCCGUCCUUCCAGCCCACGCCCCCUCACGUGCCGCUCGGGACUUAUCUAGUUCCUCGAUUGGGUCUGUCGCCGCUUUCUUUGCCCAGCGACAGGUUCUUUCGAUUAAGGGAUUGGCUCGCUCCCAGGUCGGGGCGUGGCUAGUUUAAAGCCCUCACGGGGUCAGCUGUCGUUUUUUGCCUAGCGACAAAGGCUUUGCUCGCGCGGCAUUGGUUGAAAGAGAACAGCCAAGCCAUAGGAUUGGGUAGUGGCAAGCCAGUUCGGCCUAGAGAAUGGGCAACUCCUUCAUCUGAUUGGCUUGAACCCAAAGGGCUUGACCAAUAUUCCGGGGGUCGCCAUCCCACCCUUCCUGGGUUGUCCCGCCUGACUGGCUCCAGCCUCCUGAGGUCGUGGCCAAACCUUCCUCCGGUGCCCAGGAUUGGCCUGCGGCCUUAAAUUUACGUUCUUUACACUACUGGGACUGAGGUCGUUUUUGGCCAAGUCCUGACUACGUGCCCCUCUGCCCCCUCCCAGGGACGGCCCAAUCCUGUCCCUGCGUCUGACACCCUCUCAUUGGUUCCAUCCCACAACAGCCUGUCAAUCGUAGUCCGUCCUUGCAGCCAGGACGGCGCCAACUCCCGCCCCUCUCCCCCCACCCCCACAGGUGCCUUAAAGGGCCUUUGUCCACCCAAGGUGGGGGGCAGGGGCCCUCGCUCUCCGGCCCUUGUGUGGGGGAGAGAGUCGUGGGUGGGGAUCGGGAGUUGGGAGGGGUGGUCUGAAAUUAAAGAGUUUUACCUCUGA